CGCGGACAGCACUCAUCACCCAUGCAGAGCAGGUCUCCGGUCUCAGACAGGGGAGACUGCCCUCUGCCUGAGGCUGUCAGGGACAGCUUCGCCAGGCGCAAUGCUGGAGCAGGGAGGAGAGGGGCGUCAGUCCAUUAGCUGAGACCACUCUGGCCAUGCAGGGUAGACAGGGAAAGAGGCUUCCCUCCAUCCCCUCAGAGAUCACUUCCUGAAGUCAUGCCAAUAAGGAACUCCACAGUGUUUAAGAAUUCCACCAAGCCCUGCCAGUAAGCAUCUGCACUUCCCUCCCGGUGCCUCUGCAGAGAGAGGAGAGCCAUUGUGUCUUAGGUAUGCUCUGUUUCUACUGCAACAGGAAGCAGGCUACAGGUAGUGUCCAAGGAGGAAGCAUGUGGAUGCAAUUAGAUGCCACAGAGAUGAUGGCCAUGUAAUUGACGAAUGGCAAGUCAUAACCAGAACACCCAAAGGAAACCCUUUCCUCGGGACCCUUUCAGCAACCUGGAGAUCCACAGGCAUCGAGGAAGAAGAUGCAGCCAGUAGACAGAAACCGCCAGCCACCUGAGCGCUGAGGGGCACCCUUGCAGCCAUUUCUGGGCAGGCUCCAAGUUUCUCUCCGCCAUGGCCUGUAACAGCACGUCCACGGAGACCUACCAACACCUGCGGCUGAACGCGAGCAACGCGUCGGAUGCCGAGGCCACCCCGCUGUCCGCCCCGCUCAGGAUUUCGCUGGCGAUCGUGAUGAUGCUGAUGAUGGUGGUCGGAUGCCUGGGGAACACCGUGGUCUGCAUCAUCGUGUACCAGAGGCCCGCCAUGCGCUCCGCCAUCAACCUGUUGCUGGCCACACUGGCCUUCUCGGACAUCAUGCUGUCUUUAUGCUGCAUGCCCUUUACUGCUGUCACCCUCAUCACCGUCCACUGGCACUUUGGGGACCAUUUCUGCCGGCUCUCUGCGACGCUCUACUGGUUUUUUGUCCUGGAGGGCGUGGCCAUCCUGCUCAUCAUUAGCGUGGACCGCUUUCUCAUCAUCGUCCAGCGGCAGGACAAGCUGAACCCACGCAGGGCCAAGGUGAUCAUCGCCGUCUCCUGGGUGCUGUCUUUCUGCAUCUCGGUCCCCUCGUUCACGGGCUGGACGUUCGUGGAGGUGCCCGCGCGCGCUCCGCAGUGCGUGCUGGGCUACACCGAGUUCCCCGCUGACCGCGCCUACGUGGUGACGCUGGUGGUGGCCGUGUUCUUCGCGCCCUUCGGCGUCAUGCUGUGCUCCUACCUGUGCAUCCUCAACACGGUGCGGAAGAAUGCCGUCCGUGUCCACAACCAGUCCGACAGCCUGGACCUGCGACAGCUGACCAGGGCUGGACUGAGGCGGCUCCAGCGGCAACAACAGGUCAGCGUGGACUUGAGCUUCAAAACCAAGGCCUUCACCACCAUCCUGAUCCUCUUCGUGGGCUUCUCCCUGUGCUGGCUGCCGCACUCGGUCUACAGCCUCCUCUCGGUGUUCAGCCGGCGUUUCUACUACAGCUCGUCCUUCUACACCACCAGCACCUGCAUCCUGUGGCUCAGUUACCUCAAGUCCGUCUUUAACCCCAUCGUGUACUGCUGGAGAAUCAAAAAAUUCCGGGAGGCCUGCUUAGAGUUGCUACCCCAAACUUUCCAAAUCCUUCCCAAAGUGCCUGAGCGGAUCCAAAGGAGAAUCCAGCCUAGCAGAGUCUACGUGUUUAAUGAAAACCAGUCUGCAGUGUAGCACAGCCCUGCGGAGCCAGGACCCGCACAGGUUCGGUCCAAGACCCAGUUCCGCUUCCUGGCAUUUCAGUCCCCCUCCUUCGCUGGUGACCAUUUAAGCACAAAGGCACUCAUUUGUUGCCAGAUGAGCUGCAGCUCCCAAAUUUCAAAUUUCAGCCAGGAGAGUUCUUUUUGUUUCUCAUGGUUGAAGAAUCCUAUGUGGUUCUGGUGGGAAGGGUGAGAUAGUCAAGGCAAAUGGGGAGUGGGUGGGGGGAGUGUGGGAGUUGGGCAGGAAUCGAGAAGAGAAGGGGGACAGCAGAGGGAGCCAGGCAGGAGCAGGAUCUGUCUGGGAGCUCAGUUCUGCUGUUUGAGCCCCCUGGACCCCUGCCUAAGAGCAACACCAUCAUGCCAGAUUGUGGGUGGCGUGAGAAGUCCACGUAGGGGUCAUUCCAUGCGUUACCAUUCACUCCACUGAGGCAGUGUUCUUCAGGGUUAGUUACCUUUGUGGGUGGAGGGAACCGCAGGAGGCUCUUUGUGUUGUUCAGGUGUGCAUUUUUCACCAUGCCACGUCAUCCUUUCCAGAAAGAAAUGGAAAACCACUGGGAUUCAAAGGAAACCAUGCACUCUUUGAGUUUCCUGGUAUGACAUGGAGGUUCUCAGUUCAGAGGAUGCUCUUGGGCAGUUCAGUUGAAAGGAGACGCCCACCUGGGCACUCAUGCCCACCUCCCCACCACACCUGGUCUGCCUGGUCAUCCCUCCCCUCCUCCCCUCUCCCUCAUGGUCCCUCCCACUCUCCCUUUAUUUUCAUCCUUCCCAGUGCUGGAAAAAAAAAAUGCCUAUAAUCCAUCCAUGGAGCAAGUAUUUGUACUGACUUGCUUUCAGAAUCUGGGGGCUUUGUUUACAUGUUUCCCCUGGACACUCCAGGGCUCCAGAGCCUUUGGGAGGCUCCAGAUGCAUUCUAAUGCUAGAACUGUUGCAGAAUAAACAAACCCAACAAACUGGGCAUCCCCCUUGACCUCUGUUCCUCCUACCUCAUUCACAUCCACUGCUGCUGUCAGACCCACCUGCCAGGGCUGGAUCUGGGAGUCUCGAGGGGAUCUUUCUUGCACUGUAUACUUGGCCACUAUGCCCACAGGCCCCCAUCCCCACAAGGAGCUUCCAAUGUGGAGAGAGGGGAAUUCCCUGAGUUCAGGGACAGCAUGGGGUCCUUUGAGCUCUCUUGAGUGCAUCAGAUCUGAAGACAGUGAGGAAUAUAAGGAGAAGUUCAGAAAGUCUGAUUCCAGAUUUUACUAUCAGGGACUAGUCAGGUGACUGUGUUCAUCUCACCUCCUUCUAUAAGCCUCGGUUUCCCCAUUUUCCAAGUGAAGAUGUGGGUCUAGAUGACCUCAGACUCUUGGAUUCUAAAAUGGGUGUUUUUAAACCUACAACCCCAGGUCUCCUGCAUUCACUUAUUCAUCCAUGCAAUGAGCAUUUAUUAAGUGCCUACUGGAUGUGAGGCACUAUGGGGGAGCUAGUAAUGAAUGAGGCAUGGGCCAUAUCCAAAAGCAGUGAUCUGAUUGAUCUCAGGAGAGUAGUGACUCGGCCUAAGAACAGACACUCCAUUUUCGCUUCAUUUCUUUCUUUCCAAGUUGUAUUCAGAGUCCAGCUUCCUACUCCCGCAUUCUUCCUAUGUUAGUGGUGAUAGAGGGCAGGGAAAGAAGGGGAAUGAAGAGGAAAAUAAAACUUACAUUAAUCUCAGCCCAGGGGAGGGUUUGUCAAGAAAAUAACUGACACCUAUUCCAACCACCCAAGAUGGCGGGAGAGACAUACAGGCAAUGGGCUUGUGGAUAAGUAAGCAUGGUUCCAUCAAUCCUGUGUUCCCAGUGCCCCCCACAAGGGCAGGGUGUGUCUUCAGCUCCCAAGGGGUAGGAUUUUAGUGGCUAAGAGCACAGCCAGUCCACCAAGGGGACCAAGCCUAUAGGUAGAUACUUCCUGUCUGGUGGAUUUUUCCAGAGAAUUUUCUUCAGGAGCCUUGAGCAAAAGAGAAAUGGCAAAACGGAAUGAACGAAGGUACCAAAAUUUAUAUCAAUCCACACGAUAUGAUGUAUGUUGAAAGUAAUAUUUAUGUUUCAAAGUAAUAAUUUUGUAUAUAUUUUAAAUAAAGUGUUAUUGCUCUUUCAGUGUA